AUGGACGGCCAAUCUGCGUUACCAUAUUACACAGCCCAAAGCAGCCCUGCCACGGGCACGUUCAGUACCUCCAUGCGAAAACUGCAGCGGCAGCUGUACAAGGGGGAGUAUGCUAUGUUCAGGUAUGUACCAAUGUUUGACAGCGACUUUAUAUAGGUCAGCCAAAGACGAGGAGUGAUGGACACGCACAACCAUAUUAGAAUGGUGACCGUGGGCGUCGUCCGCCCCAGCCCCCACCUCACACUGCCAGAUGUUGUGCUGCUGGCCCGACCAGCUGCUAUUGAUGGCUAUAAUAGAUAUGGCCCUGCCACCCAGGAAACAGGUAACAAGCCUACACAGAUCUUACAGCUAACCAGGCUGCUUCCCUUGAAGUUUGUAAAGAUAUCCAUCCACAACAGUACAAAACAACAGCUGCCCCUGAAGCUUGCCUCUGGCUGCUCUCUUUACCUUCAGCUAUGUCCCUGUUCAGAUACAAGAGAUCUGUUUGUUCACUGGGAAAACCUCAUUUACAUCCUGAGACCACCAGUGGAGGCUUACAGUGGUGCCCGGCCCAUUCUAGUUGGGGACACACUGGACAUAACUGUGUUUGGAGAAGAAGAUAAAAGCCCAGAGGUAAGUCUGUGCAGUCUCCAGAAGAUGGAGCCAGGGUUUUUUGGAAGAGCAGCUAAAGGUCCUGUGGAGCUUUUGGUACUGAGGCUCACCUAA